CUAACAUUAACUAUUAGCUAACUGAAAGGUUACUUAAACGGUUAAAGGCGAAUAGUUUUGGGGUGUUAAAGGACAAAGAGACGGAGUCUUGAAGAGGAGUCGAGAUUCUCAAAAUGAGCCUAUCUGAGGAGCAGCAGGAUAGCAGGAAUCCCAGCAGAGAGGAAGAAGAGAGGGCAGAACAAGAGGAAGAGAAGAGAAUGGAGAAUACCCCCCUAAUGGCCCUUGCACCUGAUGCUUCACUCCCAGAGGAGCAGCCCUCUGCUAGUACUGAUGUUACUGCUAGUCCUGCCUUCCAGUUCCUAGAUGAGUUGUUGUCGUUGGGCAAAAUCAGCCAAACCAAAGUCGCAAAACUGAAAUCCAGCUACAGGCUACUCCAUGACACUCUUAAGAGUACCCAGGACUCUGAGAUCCACCUUUUGGGAGAGGCAAAGAGGUGUCGUGCUGAGCUGGAGAGGCUGCAGGCUGAGGUGGAGAGAACAGAGGAGCAGAGCACCUCUGAGGAGCCUGAAAGUGAGGUCAAUGAACUGAGGCAACAGCUCCUCCAGGCAUACAAUGAACUGAGAGCUGCCGAGGACAGAGAGUACAAGACACAGCACCAACUGAGAUGUCUCUGGGAAGAGAAGCAGUAUCUGGAGAGAGAGAAUGAGAUUCAGUCGAAACCUGCUGAUCUGGAGAGCAGAACAAAGUCCCUGCAGGACAAAUAUGAGGAUCUGAGGAAAGAGGUUUCCCAGAGACAACUGGAAGUCAGGAGUCUGACGGAAGAUGUGGAAAUGCAUGAAGCGCAGAUAUUGAAAGAACGAAAAGAGCUAGAAGACAAGACAGAGAUCAUAGAGCUCAAAGAGGCUGAGAAAGCCCAACUCAUCAGCAUCCCUGACCAGAUUUUCAAGGAGAGUGAAAGAAAACGCUCCAAGAGGGAAACCGCAAUGAAGAAGACAGAAGCACUAAAUACAGAGAUUUCUGAAAUGGCGCAGCAAGUAAAGGAGGUGGACAAACAAAACCACUCCCUGAGGUUAAAGAAGAAGGAGUUGAAUAAAGAACUGGAGGGAGUCAGGGCCCAUGUAAAGGCCAGGCAGAGGGAGUCCACACAGCUGAUAAAAGAGCAGGAGGUGAACAGGGACGAGGAGGCUGAAAUCAUGGGGAACAGAGGUAUCCUGGAAAUCAAGUUGCAGAACAUCAUGGGUGACAGGAAGCACCUGUAUGAGAGCCAUUCUGUGCAGCUCAGGGAGAAUAAUAGGCAGAUGCAAGCCCUCAAGAGGAUGGAGCAUGCGUUGACCCUGGCCACUGAGCAGCUAGAGCACAUGCUAUCUAUCUGCAACGAGUUGCAGGCACAGUUAGAUGCUGUUCCUAAUCGAGAGGCCAGUAUUCAGCAGAGGAUGGAGCUUCAGAAAGAGGUGGAUGCUCUCAAAGUCAGCUUUGAAAUGCAGCUAUCAGUAGCUGAGGAGGAGAGCCAGAAGAUGCAGCAGUAUGGGAUGAUUCAAGAGCUGCUGGGGGAGUCUAACAGCCUCCGGGAAGAACUCCAUAACCUCAGGUGUCUGACACAGAUCAAAGUGGAGGAGAGAGGCCAAAAGCACCGUGAACUGCUUCGGGCUGAGCAGCUGAACCAGCACAUCCAGCGUGAGCUGCGAGAAAAAGACCUGAUCAUCACAGACCACAACAAGCUGAACACUACGCUGCAGCGCAGAGUUUCACAGUACUGUAAGCUGUGCAACAUGAUUACGGAAGAGAAAAACAAGUACAUCAAACUGAAGCAGAUUGCCUCACAGACAAUCACGGAGCUGACGGAGCAGCUUAAGGUGCUGGAAAAUGAGACAGAGAUCCAAAGAACCAUCGUCAUCAAUAAAGACCGAUCAGUCACAAAGGCUCGUAUAUCGAUCUCCAAUAGCAUGAAAAUGAGGGACAAACUGCGAAAUGACAUCUCUAAGGUUGCCUGGAAGCACCGUCAGAUCACUCAGGAGUAUGAGGACAACAAACUAGAGUUGAUGAAACUCUCAAAAAUGAUGAACCUCCAGGAGCAGGCCCUCCUUGAAAUAAACAAGAAUCAUGAAACCACCAUCCAGCGCCGCAAUUCUCUUGGCAUUCAGCUCCUGGAGCACGAGGAGGUGUUAUUCAACUACUAUGACAAGGUGAACAUCCAGGAGGCAGCCAUUUCUAAGGGCAACAUGACACUGGAGACCCUGGAGAAGGAGAUCAGAGAUUUACAAUUAGAUAUUAAUGAGGAGAAGAGACAAAUAGACCUUAAGAAGAAGGAGGUUCCCCUUAAGAAGAAGUUGGAGGAAGAGAUCACCAUGCUGCAGAUAGAGUUGUCAGAAGCCAGGGACAAGACAAUUCAAGGUCUGAAUCGAACAGUGGAUUACAGAGAGCUAAAAGGCAAAGACUCCACAACUGCAGAACUGGUCAAGAAGAUUGAGCAGCUCGAGGUAAAUCUCGCAGAGAGUGAGAGGCGGUCGCUGGAAAAAGAGCUCCUCGUGGACCAGGUGACCCGGCUCUCGAAGCCACUCAGCGCACAGGCUGAGAUCUGCCAACAGGACAGACUUUCACUGGCUAAGAAGUUAAACCGGCUCCGAACUCACAUAAUCGACACCAACCACCGCACGAUGGCCGUAUCAGCAGAACUUUCCAUGAAGCAAGCUGCUUCUUUGUCUCUCCAACAAGAGAUCAAAGAGAAAGAGCUCCAGAUGGACAGGUGCCAGCGGCAGCUGGAGCAGGGCCUGCCACCGUACCCCGAGAUAGAGGAGGAGUGGAGGAGGAUGCUCCGAGACAAGAGGAGGAGACAGAGGGACAAAGAGGAGAGAGAGAGGCUGGCUGAAGAAGACGAGAGGAAGCAGUUGCCUAACGGAGAGUACACCACAGCUGAAACCCGUCCCAACGCGUACAUCCCCCAGAGCGACCUGCUCCCUCUACCCAAACCCUACGGAGCCCUGGCCCCCUUCAAACCCUCCCAACCGGGAGCGAACAUGAGACACAUACGCAAACCAAUGCUCAAACCCUUAGAGAUAUAGAAAACAAUACAUGUUUUCAUCAGCGUGAGUUUCAGUUUGGUCUUAUUUCUA